UCACCGUAACGGGAACUGAAGUUGGUAGUGCUGUUCUUGACCUAAAUCAUCUUUGGUCAAAUCCUUUCCAAGAUUUUCUUCACAAUGGACAUCGUCGAACCAGAGUGGCAAGGCCCUGCUAUCAGAGCUCUCGGCUCUCUCUUCAAGCUCACCCAAGUCUCUCUCUGGGACGAUGGUUCAAUUGAGGCACCACAAGGGGGCUCUCAGAAAUCAGCUGGGGAUGAUAAUGAUGACAACGGCUCAAACAUGCUUUCUACAGCCAGUGAUUAUAGCACUUUGCCAGAACAUAUGGAGCUCACCAAACAGAUGGAUGAAUUGGGGCUUCCUCUUUCCUUCAACACAAACAGGGAGAAGAGAAAUGGAAUGGGUAAAGCCAAAAGAAAGGGUACACGUGUGAAGCAUUCUAACAAUCAUCAAGAUAUUGAGGAUAAAGCGAUUGAAUUAUCCCAAGUGAGUGAAGGGGAGAUUGUAUCUCCUAUUAUUUUUCAUGAUAAUACAAGCAGUUCUUUAUGUUCUAUGACAAUGCUGGGCCAAAGUGAAUCAUCUAAUUAUGGUGUUGCAGUGGAUGUCAAAAUAUCCCAAUGCCCCUCAAAUGGAGAUAAUUCUGCAAGUUCAACUGGAAUCACUUGUGACACUGACAAGGGAGGUGUCUUUUAUGGAAUUUCUGACAUUGGAUCCUAUGAUGGCCGGGGUUGUGACUCAGCUAAUUUGACUAACUGGAAUGCUGGACCUCCUACACGAAGAUAUUUGAUGGAUGCUGAUUUUGACCACAAUAAGAAAGAAUGUAAUGAGACAUUAUUGGAUUAUGAAUGUUCAGAAGGUUUAUCAGCCGCUUGCUAUAACACAGGAAACGAGAAUAAUUCAAAUAAUAUGAGCACUGAGCAGCAAUGUGCUUCUGAUUCAGUUGCAUGUACCGUUUGUUCAAAGUCGCUUGACCAUAAUGGGACCGACAAAUGUAAAUGUAAUGAUGAUCUUGGGGAUUGGAUGGUCUAUUGGGACUCUUUCUAUGGGAGAAACUAUUUUUAUAAUAUCAAAACACAUGCUUCUACAUGGUACCCACCCCCAGGGAUGGAACAUCUAGCAUAUGGUGUCGUCAAUAAUGAAUUGAUUGCUGAGGGAACUGAAAUGGAUGUUACCUUUGGUGAAGAGAUAGCCGAUGUGUGUAAUUUGCAAACUAAAAUUCACUCAUUUGAGGAAUCGUUGAAUAAUGACAAGUUAGGAGCUCAGCUACCCGAUGAGCUCUCAGUUGGGAUUGGACUUGGUGCAGACAACACUUUGUCUGGUGUUGCCGUAACUACUGCGAGCAAAAGUUUUGAGCAUACAGAUGCACUUUAUGAGAUUACUAGUUGCAAUAAUGAAAGUGCAUUAUCCUUUUUACCAAACACCCCAGAGCAUAUUGACAGUUCAGGAAUUAAAAUCAAGCAGCCAGUUUAUUGUGAGGUCUUCAGUGGUGAUUUGCGACAGACAUAUGCUGAUAGACCUGAUGAACUAGAUUGUGUUGAUAUACUUGAUAAACCUAAUAAGAUCAUCAUUUGUGAUGUAAACGAAGACGAUGAAGCCUUUCAACUCUUAGAGAUUAGCAGCUUGACCAAUACACUUUCUGAAGCAGUUUAUGAGUGUGGUCAGUUGCCUUUGGGAAGUGUGGUUACUGUAACCGAUAAGAUUGAUAUGAUAGAUACCCAUGAUGACCCUUUCAUGACAAAACAAAAAAAGAAGGUGAGAAAAGCACGAAGACAAAGAAAAUUGUCCAAUGGCAUUGAAGAGCUUCGAUCUCAAGGAAUUCUUGGAGAAUAUUCUUCUGAUAUUGGCAAAUACUGGUGCCAGAGAUACUUACUCUUCUCCAGAUUUGAUGAAGGUGUAAAAAUGGAUGAAGAAGGAUGGUUUUCUGUCACUCCAGAGUCGAUAGCUAGGCACCAUGCAUCUCGAUGUGGCAGUGGCAUCAUAGUUGACUGUUUUACUGGAGUUGGUGGGAAUGCUAUCCAAUUUGCUCAAAGGAGCAAGCAUGUCACGGCAAUUGAUAUUGAUGAAAAGAAGAUCAACUAUGCACAUCAUAAUGCUACCAUCUAUGGAGUUGAUGACCAAAUAGAUUUCAUAAAAGGGGACUUCUUCAAUUUGGCACCAAAGUUGAAGGCAGACACGGUUUUCCUAUCACCUCCUUGGGGGGGACCUGAUUAUGCCAAAGUGCAGACUUAUGACAUCAAGACAAUGCUAAAGCCACGUGAUGGAUAUUUUCUGUUUAACACUGCAAAGAAAAUUGCUUCCAGACUUGUUAUGUUUCUCCCACGAAAUGUUGAUCUCAACCAAUUGGCAGAGUUAUGUUUAUCUUCUCAUCCUCCCUGGGCACUAGAGGUUGAGAAGAACUAUUUAAAUGGCAAGUUGAAGGCAAUAACUGCUUACUUCAAUGCCCCAACAGUGGACAAUAAAUCAGCCUGAUCGACAGGUGGUGUGCGUAGUUAGUAGCUGAACUCCAUAUUAUCUAGACAUUCAGCAGCUGUUGAGGUGGCUAUCUUGCAGCACGGUGGAGUAGAGUGGUUAGUGCAUAUAAAUUAAAGGACAUCGUGUUCAACCAGUGAAGAAUGGCCACGGCUUAUUGAUGUCUUGGUCGGAAGAGAGCCCAACAUAAGUCAGCAUAUCAAGUAAUUUAAAUAUUUAUUUUCUGAACUAAUUUAUUUUGAGGUGAUGGGUUUAUUAUAUCAAGGGCUUGAGUUGGUCGGAAUUCUUUAAAGUUUCUUUAGGACGUACGCCUCCGAGCUGGCGUACUGGAGGGUACGUUUUAGGCUUUUAGAUUGGGACAUUGACUACAGAAGGUUGAAAGAAAGAGGGCUCCGUGGAAUUUGUUAUGAGAUUGUGAUGUAUCAACCUUCUUAUAACUCUUAUGAAUAUUGUAAAGAAAUAUUAAAA